GUAUCCUUAAUGAAAUUAGAUCCGUUCAACCCCCCGGGGGUUGGAAAGUGGUGAUAGUAGAUGAGCCAUCGCGCAAGAUUAUGGAUUCUGCGGUUAAGAUGUACGACAUCUUGGAGGAGAAAGUUACUUUGGUUGAAAGUCUUGAAAAGCCACGUCAGGCUUAUCAAACCCUGGAGGCAGUUUAUAUAAUUACGCCAUCUGAAGAAUCAGUUGCUAGAGUAAUUGAUGAUUGUUCAAAACAAAAGGCACCUUUGUACGCUGGUGCCCAUCUAUUCUUUAUCUCUUCAAUUUCUCCACAGUUAAAGGCCAAACUCCCUCCAGCUUAUGUGAAAACAUGCAAAGAACUCUAUAUCGAUUUUCAUGCCAAAGAAGCGCGUGUUUUUUCUUUCGAGUCUCCAUCAAGUUACUUCAAUUUAUAUUCACCCAAGAAACAGGAUAAGUUUGAUUUAGAAAUAAGGAAUCUUGCAAAGAAACUUCUUUCUAUUUGUAUUUCGUUGGGAGAAAAUCCGUUGAUUCGAUAUCAAAGGGGACUGGAUGCUGAACAUCCGACAAAAAGUUUACCUUACAAAUUAGCCAUGUUGGUGCAACAAGAGUUAGACGAUUAUGUAAAAUUCAAUCAUAAUGGUUUUCCACUGCAAGAUCCACAACGCCCACGGGCCGUUCUAUUUAUUGCGGAUCGAACUAUUGAUAUGUGUGCUCCGCUACUACAUGAAUUUACAUAUCAAGCCAUGGCCAACGACCUCCUGCCGAUCGAGGAUGGAAACAAGUACACAUAUAAUUAUACGGGUGAGGAUGGAGAACAAGCGGCGACGGAGGCUAUAUUGGAUGAUACCGACAAUGUAUGGGUUGACAAUAGACAUAAACACAUGAAAGAAUGCAUCGAUAAACUCAUAAAAGAUUUUAACGAGUUUUUGGGUGAACACACUGGCUUCACUGACAAAGAGAAAGCGGCCAACCUGAACGAUAUGAAAAAAAUGUUGGCAACUUUACCACAGUUUCAGAGUAUGAAGGAAAAGCUUUCUGUCCAUAUGAGUAUUGCACAAGAGUGUAUGGCAAUGUUUGAAAGAGAGAGGCUUUCUGAAAUCGCUAUAAUAGAACAGAAUUGCGCUACAGGGUUUACAGCCGAUUUCGCUCAUCCAAAGACACUUGUUGAAGAUAUGGUACCUUUGUUAGAUAACCCAGUGGUUAGUUCAACGACUAAAGUUAGGAUGCUCAUGUUAUACAUAAUGUAUAAGAACGGCAUUCUGGAGGAAGAUAGACGCAAACUAUUGGCACACGCGCAAAUUUCGUUAUCAGAAAACGAUGCCAUUAACAACUUGGGAUUUUUCGGUGUUAAAUUGAUUAGGAAGCCAAAGAAGUAUAGGCAGAAACAAGGAGAAGAAAUGCCAUACGAGAUUUCUCGGUAUAUUCCAAAGCUAAAACUUGUAUUGGAGAGUCACAUCGAUAAAACGAUAGACCACACGGCUUAUCCAUAUACGAAGGAUCCAACCGGGGACCCAGAUGGUUCUAAGGCCACACAACAAGGGCCUGUAUCUUUAAGAAGUGCCAGGGCAGGUUGGUAUAAGAAGGGUCAGGCGGCUGAAAGUCGUGCGGGUCGUAUAAUAGUAUUCGUGGCUGGUGGUGUAUCUUACUCGGAACUUCGUUCCUGUUACGAACUUUCUGAUAAACAUCGUCUGGACGUAAUUAUUGGUUCAACACACCUAGUAAAUCCUAAGAAUUUCAUUAAUGAUUUGUCACUUCUCCUGAAUCCACCCUCGGAGCAAAAAGCCCCACCUUUGCCUGCUCGCCCGAGUUCACAAGAAAAUCAAACACCGCCCGGAGCUUCCAGACCUUCUCCAUCAGGUGGCUACGUGUCACAAGUGCAAAGUGGAUAUUCACAAUACGGAUAUAAUCAACAACAGAGUAGCAAUUACGCGCAGGGAGGUUAUUCUAGGCCAAACCAGGGCUACCAAAACUUACCACAGAGCAUGCCAGCAUCUAACCAACAAUAUAUCAACGUUCCAAGACCACCACCCAGCAGUUCUACGCAAUCCGAUAAAACGAAACCUAAGAGUAACCGUUUCAAAUUUUAA